AUUGCUUUGAUGGAAACGCCUCCCAGAAAAAAGAAACAAGAGAGGCGUUAGUGUAUAGAGAGGAGCGUGGGGAAUGGCUUUUCUGCUCUAGUUCCCAGUCCCCGAUUUUGUGGCAGUGAGUGUUUUAGGUGAUUUAACCCUCCUAGUCCCUUUUUGAAGAGCUUGAGCAUGAAGUGAAAGAAGAUGAUAUUUUUUGACCACAUAUCAGAUAAAGCCAACAAGACCACCCUAGAGAAUUUCUGUAGACAAUAAUAAAGCAAAGUUUGAAGAGGGAAAAAAAAUGCCCCUCUGGAGGAGUAGACUAGUUCGUCCUCUCUUCUUCUUUUUCACCCCCUUUUUCACAUGUGUUUACUCAGAUGUAGUGUCCUUUGAAGAGUGCUUGUCAUUGCAGUCAUUUUGAGAGCCUUCGAGGUUUUUUCUUUCUCCCUUGUCAUUCUAGUUCUGUUCUUUGUUGGUUUGUUCCGGUGAAAGAAGAGAGAGAGAGGGUUUCAAAAAUGCCGAUGUUUCAGCCUUCCAAGAGGGACAUGGUAGGUGGGUACGAGGGUGGAGGGGACGGGCAGAUUCUAGAUCUGGACACUGCCGUGAAGGACGGUGUGUUGGGGGGAGGCGUUGGCGUUGGCGUUGGCGUUGGCGUUGUGGGAGGCAUGGCAUGCGAGAAAUUGGAUCUGGGGAAGAUGAUUGAGGAGCUGGACUUGUCGGAGGUACCAAGCGUGUUCAUAUGCCCAAUCUCUCUGGAAGCAAUGCAAGACCCCGUGACACUCUGCACCGGACAAACUUACGAGCGGUCCAACAUCCUCAAAUGGUUCAACCUGGGUCACUUGACCUGCCCCACUACGAUGCAGGAGCUUUGGGAUGAUUCCGUUACCCCCAACACCACCCUCUACCGCCUCAUAUACACGUGGUUCUCUCAGAAGUACCUUCUCAUGAAGAAGAGGUCGGAGGAUGUUCAGGGUAGGGCUUCCGAGCUUCUUGACACGCUCAAGAAGGUCAAGGGUCAGGCUCGAGUCAUGGCUCUCAAGGAGCUUCACCAGGUUGUUGCUGCUCACGCCACUGCCCGCAAGACGCUUCUCGAUGAAGGUGGUGUCUCUUUAAUGUCUUCUUUGCUUGGACCUUUUACUUCCCAUGCUGUUGGCUCUGAGGUUAUUGGUAUUCUUGUUUGCUUGACUCUUGAUUCCGAUUCCAAGAAGAAUCUUAUGCAGCCUGCCAAGGUUUCUUUGAUGGUGGAUAUCCUCAACGAGGGCUCUAUCGAGACCAAGAUUAAUUGUACUAGGUUGAUUGAGUCUUUGAUUGACGAUAAGGAUCUUAGGUCCGAGCUUAUCUCCAGCCAUAGCUUGUUGGUUGGCUUGAUGAGGCUUGUAAAGGAUAAGAGGCACACCAAUGGAAUCUGCCCUGGCUUGAGCCUUUUAAGAGCAAUUUGCUCCCACAAAGACAUUCGGCAUUUGCUUGUAAGCAUCGGUGCUGUUUCGCAAUUGGUCGAAUUGUUGUCUGCUUUGGAGCCUGAUUGUUUGGAAUUGGCACUUUCUAUUUUGGAUUCCUUGGCAUCUAUACCCGAAGGCAGGCUCGCUUUGAAGAAUUGUUCUAAUACCAUACCAAUCAUGGUCAAAUUGUUGAUGAGGAUCUCGGAGAAUUGCACGCAGUAUGCGUUGUCCAUCUUGUGGUCUGUCUGCAAGCUUGCACCGGAGGAGUGCUCGUCCGUUGCCGUGGACGCAGGGCUUGCUGCCAAACUCCUCCUUGUGAUUCAGAGUGGUUGCAAUCCUCUAUUGAAACAACAGUCUGCUGAGCUUUUGAAGCUGUGCAGUUUGAAUUAUUCGGAUACAAUCUUUAUUUCCAAGUGCAAGCUUACAAGAACCAUCCUAUAAUUGAGGACUUGGCUGGCUUUGUAAAUUCAUGGGGUGGCAAAGACAAAGUGAAGAAAGAUCAGCAGCUUGUGUUCAGAGAAAGCAAAGUCUCUAAUAAACCCCAACACAUGGACCAUGGGUUUGAGGUGCGAGUCUCUCCUGUAUAUACCCGUUAGUAUUUUGAUUCCAACAAUUUAUUUGAUGAAUGAAAGAGAAUGAAUCAUAAUGUGGACAUUGGCAAAACCCUUGCUUGGGUUGGUGAGUGAUUAAGUUUGCUUGCACUGCGGGUUUGUUUUUGGCCAGUGUUUAUUCCAAUAAAAGCCCCAAUCAAGAAGAGACUGGGAAAUUCUGAUCA